UGGGGACCUCAGGAGUCUGGACUUACAAGUCCGGACAAGCCCCUCUGGGGCCCUCAGUAUUUUCACCUUCGGUAUCCAGUGGGGGUGGGAGGAGGAUGGUUUCCCAGCCUCUGCCUCACCCGACAGCACGUGGUGCCCAAGUUCCCCUUCCAGGAAUGGCCACAGCUCUCGCUCACCCACCGGCUUCCUGUUGGGGCUUUCUCAGCCCCACCCCACAUUUGGACAUUUGGGGCAUUUCCUUCCCUGACAGAGGGGCCUGGGACCCAUCUGGGGCCCUGGCGGAGGCAGUCAUGCUGCCCCUGCUGCUGCUGCCCCUGCUGUGGGGGGGGUCCCUGCAGGAGAAGGCAGGGUAUGAGCUGCGAGUGCAGAAGUCGGUGACGGUGCAGGAGGGCCUGUGCGUCCUUGUGCCCUGCUCCUUCUCUUACCCACGGCACUCCUGGUAUUACCCUGAUGAACUCUACGUCUACUGGUUCCGGGACAGGGAGAACAUAUACCAUGGUGUUCCUGUGGCCACAAACAACCCACACAGAACUAUGAAGCAAGAGACCCAGGGCCGAUUCCACCUCCUUGGGGACGUCCGGAAGAAUGUCUGCUCCCUGAGGAUAGAAGAUGCCAGAAUGGAGGACACGGGAAGCUAUUUCUUCCGCAUGGAGAGAGGAAGUGUAAAAUAUAGCUAUGAAGAUAAUAAGCUGCACUUGGAGGUGACAGCCCUGACAGAGAAACCCGACGUCCACUUUCUGGAGCCUCUGGAGUCCGGCCGCCCCGCAAGGCUGAACUGCAGCCUUCCAGGAUCCUGUGAAGUGAGACGACCUCUCACAUUCUCCUGGGUGGGCGGUGCCCUCAGCCCCCUGCACCCCGAGACCACCCGCUCCCCGGUGCUCACCUUCACUCCGAGGCCCGAGGACCAUGGCACCAACCUCACCUGUCAGGUGAAGCUCCAAGGAGCUGAGGUGACCACGGAGAGAACUGUCCAGCUCAAUGUCUCCUAUGCUCCACAGAACCUCACCAUCCGCAUCUUUUUCAGAAAUGGCACAGGCACAGCCCGGCAGAUCCUGAGCACUGGCAUGUCACUGCCCAUCCUGGAAGGCCAGUCCCUGUUCCUCAUCUGCACAGUUGACAGCAACCCCCAUGCCUCGCUGAGCUGGUUCCGGGAAGGAAAAGCCCUGAAUCCCUCCCAGACCUCAGUGUCUGGGACCCUGGAGCUACCUGACAUAGGGGCUAGAGAUGGCGGGGAAUUCACCUGUCAGGCUCAGCACCCGCUGGGCACCCAGCACCUGUCCUUCAUCCUUUCUGUGCAGAGAAGCCCCUCUUCCUGCAUGUGUGUAACUGAGAAACAGGACGGCUCCUGGCCCCUCGUCCUCACCCUGAUCCGGGGGGCUCUCAUGGGGGCUGGCUUCCUCCUCACCUAUGGCCUCACCUGGAUCUACUACACCAGAGAUGGAGUUUCGCUGUUGUUACCCAGGCUGGAGUGCAAUGGCACGAUCUCGGCUCACCAUAACCUCCACCUUCUGGAUUCAAGUAAUUCUCCUGCCUCAGCCUCCCGAGUAGCUGGGACUACAGGCGCGCAGCACCAUGCCCAGCUAAUUUUUGUAAUUUUUUUUUUUAGUAGAGAUGGGGUUUCACCUUGUUGACCAGGAUGGUCUCGAUCUCUUGACCUUGUGAUCCACCCGCCUCGGCCUCCCAAAGUGCUGGGAUUAUAGGCGUGAGCCCGGCCUAUUAUCACUAGUUUGAUUCGAAAACAAAGUAGUGAUAAAACAAACUAUAUACACACUCCUCUCUCGAGGCAAACUCUAUAGCCCUUCUUGAAUGUGAAAAUGGUUGUUUCUUUCCCCAAAUUCUUUUUUUUCCCCUUCUUUCCCCCAAUUCUCUAUUUUGUGUUACUUUACUUUUAUUAGGAUGGGCAUUGUGUCCCUGAGGUGGCCCAGCCUGGCAUCUUCCUUGCCCUUGGGGCCCAGCUUUCCCGCUAGAGGUUGUGGGGAAAUUUCCUUUUCUGACCUUCUGUCUAUAUCUUGUGGCUUCUGUUUGCAAUUUCCUCUCCCCUCACCCCAUCUGUUUUUAGCUUUUAAUAGCACAGAGGAUGGGGGUUGGGAGAAUGAAGGUGUCCCUGGGCAAGCUCUGGAACCUCCAGCUUCGGAGGUACCUCGAGUGUUGAGAGGGACAAAUGCCAGAAAGGACCAGGCGGGGCUUGGGGCUGGCACUAAAGGUAUCUCUGUGUCUCACCCAAGGGAACAAGUGACCUAAUGUUCUGUACGUUCUCACCUGGGAUCCUGGAAUGUUAAAACUCACUGUAGCCAGGCACAUGGUAACUAUGCUCUAGCGAUCAUAAAGGAAAGGGUGAGAGUAAAAAAUAUAAUUCCCGAGAUCAAUGUCACCUCCUCAGUUGCCCCCAGGACAGUAACUCUUCUCUGAGUACUGGGGGACUCCAGAUGGAGUCAGUGGGAGAUGUAUCUUAGAGGAUGUGGUAUAACAUAUACCUUUUACCUAAAGAGUCACUGUGAGAGUGAGGGGUGCAAAUUCUCCAAGAGUGAGCAACUUUGGAGACCGGGAUGGGACCACACAUGAAGUUAGGAUGAAAUCCCCUGUUAUUCACUGCUUGGAAGGGAACUUGGAGCCAAAUGGAGAGGAACCACCGAUUACUCUCUCUCAAAAAGGGGCUGCCUUCUCCUCUCAGGGACCCAUGACCGCUGCCUCACUCUUUGUCUCGGUGGUCACCUUUACUUCUGGGCUUCAGGUGCUCUGCAGGUGCCCUUCAGCUUUCCCCUUUUGAAGCCAGAGAAACAUGGAGAGAACCAGCCUCCUUCGCAUGGCUGGAGGGAGUGGGGUAGGAUGUCAACGUCCUGGGGAGACAAGACCUUUGGACGUGCAGGUUCUGUGGAGGCAAGACCUUUGAGAGGUAGAGCUCAGGUUCUGGACCAGGGGCCAAGUUUUCAAUCUUUCUCUUUGUAAAUAAUGUUAUUUAUGUUUUGCUCAGAAAUCCCUUCCUACCUCAAGUUCAUGGUGGUUUCCUGCUAUAUUAUCUUCUAACAGCUCUGUUGUUUUUUCUGUCAUAUUUAGGUCUUCAAGCUACUUGUACUUGGUUUUGAUGCAUGAGCUGGUGGUGAAAUUUCAUUGCAAACUUACUGCAAACUUGAUUGCAUUAAGUUUUACCAUAUAUAUUUUUGAAAAGUUGGCCAGACACAGUGGCUUACACCUGUAAUCCCAGCAUUUUUGGGAGGCUGAGGUGAGAGGAUUGCUUGAGCCCGGGGGUUUGAGACCAGCCUGGGCAACAUAAUGAGACCCUGUUUCUACAAAACAUUUAAAAGUUAGCCAAGCAUGAUGGUGCAUCCCUGUAGUCUCAGCUACUUGCGAGGCUGAGAUGGGAGGAUCAUCACCUGAGCCCAGAGAAAUAGAGGCUGUGGUGAGCCCUGAUCAAACCAUUGUACUCAAUCCAGGGUGACAGAGACACUGUACCAAAAAAUUUAAAUAAAUAAAAACCAAAAAUAAAUAAAAAGAAAAAUUUAUCAUUUGCCACUUCCUCUAUCACACAUGAUGUUUCCUGCAGUUGGCGUCUAUUUCUAGGUCCUCGAUUUUUUGUUUUACUUGGUCAAUGCAUAAUGGUCAUUUUUUUUUUUUUGAGACAAGGUCUCACUCAGUCACCCUGGAUGGAUAGCAGAGGAGCAAUCUUGGCUCGUUGCAACCUCCACCUCCUGGGUUCAAAUGAAUCUCCCACCUCAGUCUCCUAAGUAGCUGAGACUACAAGCUACUUAAAAGAACUUGUUCUAACCCAAUGUAAAGAAACUAAGAACUUUGAAAAAAGGUUUGACGAAAUGCUGAAAAGAAUAGACAAUAUAGAGAGGAAUAUAAAUGAACUAACGGAGUUGAAAAAUACAACACGAGAACUUAGUGAAAUAUGCACAAGUUUAAAAAUGGAAUAUUGUAAAAUAUGCCAUUGACAAUAGCUUCAAAAAUUAUAUAAUUGAUCGAUAUCAAAAAUUAUGCUAUAAUUACGAUAAAAUGUUUGAAUAUAUUAAAUAUGCCUAACGAUUAGAGAUGUAGCCACCAUGCCCAGCUAAUUCUUGUGCUUUUUGUACAGAUAGGGUUUCACCCUGUUGCCCAGGCUGGUCUUGAAUUUCUAGGCUCAAGUAAUCCUCCUGCCUUGGUCUCCCAAAGUGCUGAUAUUCGGGUGUAAACCACUGAAAUGGGCAUAUUUUUUCAACAUUUAAAAAAAUUUGAGACAGUCUCGCUCUGUCACCCUAGAUGAAAUGCAGUGACACAAUCUUAGCUCACUGCAACCUCCACCUCCUGGGUUCAAGCAAUUCUCGUGCCUCAGCCUCACAAGCUGUUGGGAUUAUAGGCACGUGCCACCACGCCCAGCUAAUUUCUUUUUUUUUUUUAGCAGAGACAGGGUUUCACCAUGUUGGUCAGGUUGGUCUUGAACUCCUCACCUUAAGUGAUCUGCCUGCCUUGGCCUCCUAAAGUGCUGGGAUUACAGACAUGAAACACUGUGCCAGCCUGAUAUGGUCAUAUUUUCUAUGAUGUUUUGAUACAUCUUGAUAUCUUGCAGAGCUGUUCAUUUUUCUUCGUGGUUGCCUUGACCAUGCUUGAACAUUUCUACUUCAGUAUGAAUUUUACAAUGGAGUUAUCAAGUUGCACAAAAAUCACCCAGAGGAUUGUAGGGCCUGUUUCCCUGACACUGUAGAUAGCUGGGAAAAACUGACAUUUAUACAAUAUUGUUCUCAAACUCAUCAACAUGUCCUCUUUUUUGAUUAAUUUACAUCUUUAAUGUCCUUCAGUGCAGAUUUAUAAUUUCCUCCAUAGAGGUGACAUAUGUAUUUUUGUUAGCUACAUCUCUAAUAGUUAGGCAUAUUUAAUAUAUUCAAACAUUUUAUCGUAAUUAUAGCAUAAUUUUUGAUAUCGAUCAAUUAUAUAAUUUUUGAAGCUAUUGUCAAUGGCGUAUUUUACAAAAUUCCAUUUUUAAACUUGUGCAUAUUUCACUAAGUUCUUGUGUUGUAUUUUUCAACUCCGUUAGUUCAUUUAUAUUCCUCUCUAUAUUGUCUAUUCUUUUCAGCAUUUCGUCAAACCUUUUUUCAAAGUUCUUAGUUUCUUUACAUUGGGUUAGAAAAACUUCUUUUAAUUCCCAGAAGUUUCUUAUCAUCCACCUUCUGAAGCCUACUUCAGAUAAUGGAACACAGUCCUUUUCCAUCAGGGCGUGUUCCGUUGCUGAUGAGUCCUUUUCCAUCAGGGCUUGUUCCGUUGCUGAUGAGGAACUGCAAUCCCCUGUAGAGGGAGAGGGGUUCUGAUUUUGGGUAUGCUCAGCCUUCUUAGGCUGGCUUUUUCCCUUUAUUAUAAAUUUAUCCAUCUGUAAUCUUUACAAUUACUGCCUUUCUAAUUAGGUUUCUGAGUCGACGUCCAAUUUAUUGAUUCCCAGUGCUGGGAUCCGAGCAACCCACUGCACUGGCCAAAAUAGCAGCGAUAAGACUGAUGGUACUUUUCUGCCCGGGAAUCUCUGGUCUGGCUUCCUUCUUGAGUCCGCAACAAGCGGCUCUACCUUCCCGGAGCUCCAAACUCUGGUCAGUAAGGGAACCAGUCCCGUUUACUCUGCAUGAAGAGCUGCUGCGCCAACGCGCUGGCAAAACCGCUGCGCUGGCCACAAGAGUCGUGCUGGCGACCUGUUGGGCUCCUCUGCUAGAAAUCUGCUGGUCCGUGAGCGAUGAAAAUUUGUCUGAAAGUGUGGCGUCCUCUCGUUCUCUGAGCUUUCACUGGGAGCUACAAUCCUGAGCUGUUAGUGAUCAGCCAUCUUGGAUCACUUUUUGAAGUUUAAAUAGCAGAAUGGAUCAAGCAGAAGAAAGGAUAUCAGAGGUCUAAGACCAACUUAAUGAAAUAAAACGACAAGACAAGAAUAGAGAAAAAAGAAUGAAAAGGAAUGAGCAAAGUCUCCAAGAAAUAUGGGACUAUGUGAAAAGACCCAAUCUACGUUUGAUUGGUGUACCUGAAUGUGAUGGAGAGAAUGAAUCCAAGCUGGAAAAUACCCUUCAGGAUAUUAUCCAGGAAAAUCUUCCCAAUCUAGCAAAGCAGGUCACUAUUCAACCCCAGGUAAUACAGAAAACACCACAAAGAUAUUCCUCAAGAAGAGCAACCCCAAGGCACAUAAUCGUUAGAUUCACCAGGAUCGAAAUGAAGGAGAAAAUACGAAGGGCAGCCAGAGAGAAAGGCCAGGUUACCCAUAAAGGGAAGCCUAUUAGACUUAGAGCAGAUCUCGCAGCGGAAACCCUACAAGCCAGAAGAGAGUGGGGGCCAAUAUUCAACAUCCUCAAAGAACAGAACCUUCAGCCUAGAAUUUCAUAUCCAGCCAAACUAAGCUUCACAAUUGAAGGAAAAAUAAAAUCUGUUAUGAACAAGCAAGUACUUAGAGAUUUUAUUACCACCAGGCCUGCUUUACAAGAACUUCUGAAAGAAGCAUUAUACAUAGAAAGGAACAACCAGUAUGAGCCUUUCUAAAAAUAUACCAGAGAGUAAAGAGCAUCAACAUAAAGAAGAAUUUACAUCAACGAAUGGAUAAAAUAGUCAGUUAACAUCAAAUGGCAGUAAUCCUAAAUUUAAAUCGACUAAAUCCCCCAAUCAAAAGAUAAAGCCCAAACCUAACGGUAUAUCCAAAGAUACACAAAGACUCAAAACAAAGGGUUGGAGAAAAAUUUACCAACCAAAUGGAGAGCAAAAAUAAAUAAAUAAACAAAAAGCAGGAGUUGCAAUUCUCACAUUUGAUAAAAUAGAGUUCAAAGCAACAAAGAUACAGUGGUAAAAGAAUCAAUGCAACAAUAAGAGAUCUUAAUACCCAGAUACAUAAGACCCAUAACGAGAUUUAGACUCAACGAGACAGAAAAUUAAUAAGGAUAUCCAGGACUUCAACUCAGAUCUGGAACAAGUAAACUCAAUAAAUAUUUAUAGAGUUCUCCAUUUUAAAUACACAAAAUAUUGAUCGGCCAUUAUUAAUACCCAUUUUUAGAAUGAAGCAAUGUUCCUGUUCUCUCUCCCUCUUUUUCUUCCUCUUUCUUCCUCUCCUUCUCUCCUUUUUUUACUUUUCAGCAUCCCAGUUCCUCACCUCUACUCAAUACAGUCCUCUGAACACCUGAUUCCUUGUGAUUCUCCCGUCCCACUGAAACCUCCAAAAAAAAAAAGAAAAGAAAAAAAAUUCCAUUUUUGCUUAUUGCUAUGAUGUGGAAAUACAGCUGAUUUUGUAAUUUGAUUAAUCUAUGGCAGUCUUACAAAUAUUUUAUUAAGGCUUGAAAUAUAUCUGUAUAUACAUUUGGAUUUGUCUACAUAUGCAAUCAUGUCAUUGAUAAAGACCUCUCUUAAAAUUUCAUUGUAAUUUCUGUACCUUUUACUUAUUUUUAUUGCCUUAUUAUUUUAGGAGC